GAGGAGGCGGGCCCGGCCCGGCGCGUGCGUCAGGUUCGGUAGCGCUGCGCGAGGGGCCGGGUAAAGUGAUCAGAAGCAGCAAUAGGAGAAAUGGAGAUGCAGUCAUAUUACACGAAGCUCUUGGGAGAGCUCAAUGAGCAAAGAAAGAGGGACUUUUUUUGUGACUGCAGUAUUAUUGUGGAAGGCAGGAUCUUCAAAGCUCACAAGAACAUUCUGUUUGCUAAUAGUGGCUACUUCAGAGCCUUAUUGAUUCAUUACAUUCAAGACAGUGGGCGACACAGCACUGCUUCUUUGGACAUUGUUACUUCAGAGGCCUUCUCCAUCAUCCUAGAUUUCCUUUAUUCAGGGAAGCUGGAUCUUUGUGGGGAAAAUGUUAUUGAAGUCAUGUCAGCAGCUAGCUACUUGCAGAUGACUGAUGUGGUCAAUUUUUGCAAAACUUACAUCAGGUCAUCGCUAGAUAUUUGCAGAAAAAUAGAGAGAGAAGCUGCUUUCUAUCAGGCUGAUAGUGGAAGCUCCAGUUCUGCCAGGGAGGGCACUUCUUAUGGUACAAAGAGCCAGUGCUCUGCCUCCAUCUCUUCUCUGCAAGAAAAGGAAAGGAUUUCUGAUUGUCAGAGAGAUCCUCCCUGUGGUGAAUGUAGCAGCUGCCACCCAAUGGAACUUGUGGUGAGAGACCCUGUAAGCAGUGAUUCUCCAGAUGACAUUAAUUCUUCUCUGCCCAAAGGGGUAGUAGAACCAAAAGUAGAAUUUGACUCUGAUGAAGUGGAGGUAGAAGUGGGUGAACGACUACAGCAGUAUCCAACUCCAUUAUCUCUUGAGCAGAUGGAAGAGGGGCUGCACAGUGGCCAGGCAAUGGACUUGGCCUGUAAUAACUACCAUAUGAAACAGUUCCUGGAGGCCCUGCUACGCAACAGUGCAGCUCAAAGAAAAGAUGAUGUAGUUCAUCACUUUGUUCGGGGCUUUGAGGGUAGGCCAGAAGAUGCAGGGGUGGCCAUGAGUUCCAUGAUGGACAUUCACAGCGACUGGUAUGGUGAGGAUACAGGUGAUGUGUUAGUUGUGCCAAUCAAGCUCCACAAAUGCCCGUUCUGUCCCUACACCGCUAAGCAGAAGGGAAUACUAAAACGGCACAUUCGCUCUCAUACAGGCGAGAGACCCUACCCUUGUGAGACAUGCGGCAAACGCUUCACCCGGCAGGAGCACCUUCGGAGUCAUGCUCUGAGUGUGCACCGAUCAAACAAGCCAAUUAUCUGCAAGGGUUGCAGAAGAACGUUCACAAGUAGCCUAUCGCAGGGAUUACGUCGCUUUGGCUUGUGUGACAGCUGCACUUGUGUAACGACUACGCAUGAGGAUUCAAUGCCCAUUAACCUCAGUCUGAUGGAACCUUCAUCAGAAGGUCAAGAAAAGGGUGAUACAGACAAUGAUUGGCCUAUAUAUGUCGAAUCUGGUGAGGAAAAUGAUCCAGCUGAUGACGAUGAUGCUGAUGAUAAGCAGGAGAUCCAUAGAAGCUUAUCAGACCGAGAGGCACUUAUGUAGUAACAAAAGGAGAUUGGGCAGAUUUAAAGUGUCUCCCCUGUGAUUGGUCAUUCUACAGCAGAAAACUGCAUAUUUAACCAGUUUUGUGGAACUGUGUGUUUUUUAUUACUAAAUUCCCGUUUUGAUAGAACUGGUGGGAAGAACUGGAUUUUGGAAUUUUGAAAUAUUUUUUAACUUUUCAGUGCUGUGCACUAGAAUUCUGAGGGAAUUUCCUGUCCUGGGUGAGCAGAGGCUGUCUCCUUGCAAUCACCUGUUGUGCUUCUGUACCCUGGCUAUGAGGGAAGGAUCAUCAUGAUCGUUUGAUACUGAGUUUCCUCCCACAAUGCUACCAUAGUCCCUCAAUCCUGGUCUCAAGGGGGCACCAUCAUCUUUCUAGGAAGAGAUGUGAAGAAAAUAAAUGUAGUUUUCAUCCUUAGCCUUGGACUUCUCUAAACUAUUUUACAUUCUCGUCCCUCUUAUGCUAGGAAAGUCCUAUCUGAAACUGUAAAUCCUAACUGUUUAAUUUUAAAAGUUUAGAAUAGGAUUUGACCUGGAAACCAUGGUAAAUUACCAGGAUAAUAAAUAUGCUACAGAGGGAAGCAUAUUCAGUAGAGAAUCUUCACACGUGUUUGUUCAUAUAUGUACUUAGAGAGCAAGCUUCUAUUUUUGGGCAGUUUUCACUACAUUUCCAUCCCUGGAGAACAACAGAGCUUGGGCUAUGAUUUUUCUGGUCUAUCUUUAAUGCCCAUUAGACAAUAGUCCAGGCCUGAGAACUACACAGAAUACUUAUUCUAUGAUCUAGUAAAAUAGUGUCCAAAGUGCACUGGUCACUGAAGCAAGAGUAAGUGCACUACCCACCUCUUUUCAUAAAAUCAUAGAACUGGAAGGGACCUCGAGAGGUCAUCUAGUCCAGUCCCCUGCACUCAAGCCAGGACUAAGUAUUUUUCAACCAUUUAAAGUAGAAGUUAUAACCUAGCAAUCUAGAAAAGUGGUUUCUUUAAUAGAUUCAAUAGUCAGAUUUACUGCUGAUCUAGCUGAAGUACAAUUCCAAAGAAAAAUCUGGGCUACGUAUAUAACACCAUCCCUGCAAAGUAUUUUUCAAGAAGUCAGGUGAGACCCCUUGUAAAAUUAGAGACUCCCUGUAUGCAAACUUCCCUUUUUCUAAUGAGUUUUUUCUUCUUAUGUAGUCAAAAAAUAGUCUUUGGUGAUUCCUAUGAUGGUUUGUACCCUUUCAUUGUCUUAUGAAUUCAUCCAGGUACUGUCUCUUGUUUAAAUUCCAACUUGGACCCUACAUUUUCCUUGUUGAAUAGAUACAAGUUGGUUUUUGAAGGAGGUGAGAUUACUUUACUUAAUUUACCUGUCCAAUACCAAAUUGCUGUAAACUAUGAAAUUAGCUGAGAAACUGUAAAGAGCUCUUGGUAAGCUACUGCUAAACUUAAGACUAAAGAAGAUACAACACUGAAGGAUUCUGUGAAGUGAAGGUGCUUACUGUAUGUAGAUAGUACUUUCUAACUUUGUAAAUGUUAAUGAAAAGCAUUGUACUUGGGCCUCACUUUCUGGAUCAAGUGCUAGAACAGAAGAUUGCAGACAGACAUCACUGACACAAGAAGAUCGUCUCACUUAAAAAGACAGUUUUCCUUUCUUAUAUUUUACAGAAGACUUUACACUGAGCAAACAUAAAAUGGAACAUUUUUAUAUAAAAAGCAGCUGAUUUAAUCAGUCAUUUUCUGUAUACCUCAUGCAAUUAUUUUACAUAUUGGAUAAGAACAUUCUGCCCCACAGUUCAGCUUCUUUAUUUGCUUCAUCCUGUAGUAAGACAAUAAUCCUGGUGUGAUAUCACAAUCUACUUGUACAGAAGUGAUUCUGAUAUCACAAAUGCAGCAUUAUGACUUCAUUGCAAGAUCAAAUAGGAUGAAUAAAAAUGAAACAAGCCUCUGUUUAUCUUUAAUUACUAGCAAAGUAGCAAAAAAAACCCCAACCCCCCAAAAAAAUCAGAGGUAAAUAGAGUUGUUUGAAAUGUCUCCCCAAAACUUGAAGUCUUACUUUAAGUGCUAUCUUUCUGGAAGAUAUUGCAUUUCUUGCUGGAUUUAUUUUCUGUAACUUAAAUUGAGAGGAGCAACGCACCUUUAAAAAUAAGCUAUUUGUAUUUGUUUUUUAGUUUGUUACAAAACCUCUCCAAUAGUCCUUAUUUCAUAUUGUUUGUAAAUUGGAGUUGGUGUCUGAACGAUAAUGUCAUAGUUUCAUCAGCAUAGCAAAUUAGUAUGAGGGCCAGAUUUUCAAAAGAACUAAGCAACCACCAGCAACUCCCAUUUAGGCACCUGAAUGAGUGUCUGGAUCUACAAAAGAGCCCUGGCCACUUCAUUUAGGAGCCUAAAUGGGAACUGAGCUCUCCUGAACAUCCAAUUUCAAUUUUGGGCGCUAAACACUUUUGAAAAUCUGGCCUAUAGAGUGGGCUUCUAAAUCACAUAAGCGCUUUUGAAAAUCCUAUAUUUAAUCCCAUGAGGGUGGUCUUUUCGAUGACUUCUCUGUUACUGCUCAGCCAACCCAAGUUCACGAUGGUAUUCUCUAUCUGCUUAUCAGUUGAGCAAAGGACUUUGUGUAAGAACAUUUUAAAAGGAGUCCUCAUACUUUUGACAAUUGAGGACUGAGUUGCAUAAUGAAGGUGUGGUAGGAAUGUAAAUAGUCAUCCUAACUUUUCAUCAGCAUGGCAUCCUGAUCUCUCUGGUCAUUCUGGCAGAGAGGUGCCACUUCAGUGUAAAUAUUAGAGGCCAAUAGACUUGGAAUAUUCAUUGGAUAUGGUGCUGGAUAAUGUGUUACAAUGCAUCUUUCUGGUGAUUUAGCUUAUCAGAGAAACACUGUAGAACUAUGUUGAGGCAUGUACUAGUGAACUCUGAAAUUGUGAAGACCUUCAGAAGAGGAAAAUCGGUGCUCUUGUGAAGGCAUGUAUGCAGUGGAUUUAAGAGCUGUGGGAAACACUGCAGUGGCCUUCAGCUGUUUGAAUUCAGCCUGCUUCAUUUGGUUUUAGAAAUUUUUCUUGUGUGUCUUGUGCAUAGAGAAUGGAACUGUGUUAAGUUUUGUGUAACGUUGG